AUGGUAUCCACUCGUCCCAUCGUCAAGGUUGCGGCUGUCCAAGCCGCACCUGUUUCCUUUGAUCUGGAGAAGAGUCUGCAGAAGCUGAGUAAGCUUACGGAGGAAGCUGCUCAGGCUGGCGCAGAUCUAGUUGUGUUCCCUGAAGGGUUCUUGUCUGCUUAUCCAUGGAGAUACGCGUUUGACGCAACGAUUGGUGCUCGAGAGCAGCGAGGGCGCGAGUGGUAUGCCAAGUACGCCGAUUCGGCCGUCGAGGUUCCCUCUCCUGCCUUCGAUAGGCUGUGCGAGACGGCCAAGGCAAACAAAGUUCUCCUCCACGUGGGAAUUAUUGAAAAGGCGGGCGGUACGCUGUACUGCACUGCGCUGCUUCUCGACCGGGACGGCAAGCUGGUGUACAAGCAUCGCAAGCUGAUUCCGACAGCCGCUGAAAGACUUGUUUGGGGUCGAGGCGCUGGGGAUGGUCUGCUCGUCAAGCCAACGGAUGUUGGCAGAGUCGGAAGCUUGAUCUGUUGGGAGAAUUAUAUGCCGGCGGCUCGCAUGGCGAUGUACCAACAAGGGAUUGAGAUUUACGUGGCGCCCCACGCUGAUGAUUUGGCCACCUGGACAGCAUCGAUGCAGCAUAUCGCGAAGGAAGGACGUUGCUUUGUAGUUUCUGUCAACUCAUUCUGCAAGGUGUCGGAUUUUCCGCCUGAUUACCCGCCUUUUACGGCCGAGCACCCCGACCGGCGACCGGAUGGAGCACAAUGGGAAGCGGAUGACAUUCUCAACCACGGUGGCUCAUGCAUCGUCGGGCCGCUGGGCACUUUUCUUGCCGAGCCGAUGUGGGACAAGGAAGAGAUCGUCUAUGCUAGCCUCCGAAUGGCGGACCUCACGGAGUCCAAGCUGGACUUUGACCCCAUCGGCAGCUACUCCCGGCCCGACAUCUUUUCGUUGACGGUCAACACCAAGCCGGCCGACAACGUCGUAUUCACCAGCUGA